AUGUCGAUGUUUCGAUCAGCAGCAGAAAUAUCAUCAGACUCAGAUUCCAACUCGGGUUCAAAAGAAAGUCAAGUUGAGGAAUCUGGACCAUCAACUCCUCGACAUGCCACAGAGAAUCAAUCUCGCGACCUAAAAAAGGACAAGACCAAGCAAGUCCCGAAAGACUCUGGUUCUACAGAUGCAGACUCUUCGAUCUCUUUCAGCGAUAGAUCAACAUUACCACAAGAUCUGGCUGUGAAUGUUGAUCAACAUGCAAAUGUUAUGACAGCCGCCCUCUUGGAAUUUUACUGUCAGAGUCGGGCAGCAGACAUCCUCAAUGCUCAACAAGGCUCAAAUAAACUGUUCAGCCGACACAGUCCCGAGGCUCAGUAUCUCGGCAAGAAACUCUACAAAUUCAAAUCACAGUUCUUGUCGGCUCACGGUAUCUUGGCCGACGGCAUCGACAGAGAGGAAAUGGGGCCAAGUAGGCAAAGUUAUCGGGAUAACCUCGACUUGCUUAGUAUAUCUGCCCUCGAGGAGAUGAAUUUCCAUGAACCCGAUGCGCGGCCUUCCACAAUUGGUUCCGGCGAGAACCUCGCCUUAAUCACAAAGUCUUCAACAAGGAGACCCAGCGUUGAAGACGUGGAGAAUCCUACUCUAUUCCGACGGAACACUGAACCAAAUUUAUCGUUUAGGAAACAGCUUCCUCCUCCUAAUAAGGUGGAUUUUCCAACCGUUCCCUUGAAUCUCCCCAACCCUUCGAUUUCCCUAUUUGGCAGUUCGCCCGUAGGGGUUCCUCUUUUCCAUUCUCCAACAUCCCCACCGUACAAUCAGCUAUCAAGAUAUUCUGUCGAAUUCCAGGAACUCAAGAUCUUGGGUCGCGGGUCCUUCGGCGAAGUUUACCACGUCACAAACCAUAUCGACGGGCAAGACUACGCCGUCAAGAAAAUCCCACUCAGCCAAAAGCGACUUGAGCAGCUGCAAUCUGGGGGUCAAAAUCACCUCGAGGUUAUCAUGAAGGAAAUCCGAACGCUUGCCCGCCUUGAGCAUACAAAUAUUGUUCGAUACUAUGGGGCAUGGGUUGAGCAGGCCCAUCACUCACACCUGCCUUCAGCCGAAUACCACCAUUCUCACCCAGCAUAUGACAAGUCGCAGAAUGACUCGCCUUCUCCAGAUUCCCCAAAUGAGUCAAGCAUGGGGAUUGUCUUCGGACAUUCUGAAAAUUCAAAUCGCGAGUCUCAGUCAAGCUCUCUGUCUGAAGAUCAUAGUUUCACCGAGAGUAUCCAUGGCUGGGACAGCCACGCGACUACCUCGUCCCAUCAGUGGAAGAAAGGUUCACGAAGGGGAUUGUAUGAGGAAGAUGAUGACAUUGAAUCCAUCCCCCGCGAUGGGAACACUUCUGUUGGCCAAACAUCCACUUUCGGGGAUACUGACGACAUCUUUACUGAUGGUCUGAGCCAAGAUCAGUCUAAACUUCAAGUUCAACCCCGCUACCGGCCUGGUCAGCAACCCCCCGCAGUCAUUCUUCACAUCCAAAUGUCACUCCACCCUAUUUCGCUCGGCGCGUACCUGAACCCUCAAGCCAGUCCGAAGUAUGAUGAAUGUUCACUCGCCAGGCGCCAUUGCUUCCACCUCCUGCCCUCCCUAAAGCUCAUAAUGGACGUUGUUUCGGGCGUUGAGUACCUCCACUCAAAGGGAAUUGUGCAUCGCGACUUGAAGCCUGCAAAUAUCUUCCUUUGUGCACCAGAGACUAGCACAGCAGAGAUAUGCCUUGCGUGCAGCUCCACCGAAACUUCUCCUACCAAGUUCUGUCGUCCUCGCAUCGGGGACUUUGGUCUCGUGGCAGAUAUCUCCCACAUCAAUGAGGCCUCACAGGGCACAAUGACACCAUACCGAGAAGGACCAAAUAUACAGCGGGUAGUCGGGACCGAGUUCUAUCGUCCUCCAGCCAAUCUAUCUGCGUCCCAAAAUGACCAGAGCUCGCCAGUGGAUUACUUUGACGAAUACAAGGUCGACGAAAAGCUCGAUGUUUACUCGCUCGGCGUCAUUCUUUUCGAAACUGUUUAUCGUUUUAACACAAAGAUGGAGAGACAAUUCGUCUUGAGUGACUUGACUCGUGGGUCAGGCCGUGAUCCAUCCGAGCGCACCAUUUUCCCUGCAGACUUCGCUGCCAAGAUCGAUUUUGGCUCGAUCGUGCUGGACGAUGGAAUUUCGGUCGCGGAUUCUCUCAUGACAUGUAUCAAAAGAAUGUUGGAACCCAAAUCGCAGCACCGAUGGAACUGCCAGGAUGUCAAGGAACAUUUGCGGGCGCUGAAGAAAGCCGUUCGCCGAUUCGAGGAAACGCAGGAAUAA